AUGAAAUAUGAGAAGGUGUGCUUUCAAGAUUUCCUUCUGCCAUGGAAAAAGACCAUCCAUCUUCUGUGGCUCUUGAUGUUCCUCAGUAAUCUUCUGACUGUGACUGCCAGACAAAUACUUCCUCAGGGCUUUAUUUAUGCUUCUUAUGAGGUGACCAUCCCACAGUUAUUAACUCCAAAACCUGGACAACAGGAACGACAGAAUGUCACUUGUCUCCUUCAUUUUGAGGGAAAGAAUAUCAUCAUGCACCUCACACAAAAGAAGAACUUGGUUCCUAAGCAUUUGCCUAUCUUUACCUACAGUAAGGAUGGGGAUCUGCAGCUGGACUAUCCAUUCUUCAGGGAUGAUUGCUACUACCAUGGUUUUGUGCAGGACAGACCCUUCUCUCUGGUCACUCUCAGCAUUUGCUCAGGAGGUCUCAAAGGCAUCCUGCAGUUAGAAAAUAAGACAUAUGAAAUUGAACCAGUGCAGGGAUCUACUACUUUUCAGCAUGUGAUAUUUUGUUUAAAAGAAAAAGUGAGUGCUAUCCAAUUGAGAUGUGGACUAGCACAGGAAGAGCAAAAACAUCAAGAGACCAUGUUCCAAAACAUAGAGAAUGUACUUUCAAAAACUGCAUCCAAAGGAGACUGGUGGCUACGUACUCGAUAUGUAGAGAUUGCUUUUGUGAUUGAACAUGAACGUUAUUUAAUGUUUGCCAGAAAUGAAACUCUUACUGCUUUGCAAGUUCUUGACAUUAUUCAUAUUGCCAAUUCUUUUUAUGAACCUCUUUCUGUUCAAUUAUCUGUAGCUGGAUUGGAAAUCUGGUCACAAAAGAACUUCAUAACGAUUUCUCCUGCCAUAGAUAGCACCCUUCAGGAUUUCACUGACUGGAGGAGAGACUUCUUGGUUAAUCAUCUAAAAAGUGAUGUUGCUCACUUAUUUGCAUAUAAGUCUUUUGAAUUUUCACUUGGGUCAGCUUAUGUAGGAACAGUUUGUGAUGAAAGGAUGGGAUCUGCAGUUAUCUCAUAUAAGACUACCAGUUUGUCCAUUAUCAGUAGCAUAUUUGCCCAUGAAUUAGGGCAUAAUCUUGGUAUGCAGCAUGAUGAACAGUACUGUAGUUGUGGUAAUGUACACUGCAUUAUGGCUCCAGUUCAUGAAGUGACUGAUAAAUUUAGCAAUUGUAGUUAUAAUGACUAUUUUCUCACAAUGAAUGCUCCAUGCUUGUUAAGUCCUCCAGACCCUGAUAGAAUCUUUAAAAUCAAAUCAUGUGGCAAUAAAGUAGUAGAUAAGGAAGAGCAAUGUGACUGUGGUUCAGAAGCUCAAUGCAAGCUGGAUCCAUGUUGUCAGUCUAAUUGUACAUUUCGUUCUGGUGUCAGUUGUGGUUUUGGUGAGUGCUGUGCUAAGUGUCAGUAUCUUAAAUCUGGAACUAUUUGCAGAAAGAAGACUAACUAUUGUGAUCUUCCUGAAUACUGCAAUGGGACUUCCGAGUGGUGUCCAGAAGAUGUUUAUAUGCAGGAUGGUGCCCCAUGUAGUAACGAUGCGUACUGUUAUCGUGGAAACUGCAUAUCUGAAGAUACACAGUGCAAAAUGAUUUUUGGCUUCAGUGCAAAAACUGCUACAGAUAUUUGCUUCAGAGAAAUGAAUGCUAAAGGCGAUCGCUUUGGCAAUUGUGGCCUUAAACAUGGAAUUUACCACAAAUGUCAAACUAAGAAUACUCUGUGUGGGCGAAUCCAAUGUGAAAAUGUCCAAAUCUUACCUUCUUUGGAGGAACACAGCACCAUAAUCCAAGUCCCCCUUGGUGAUAAGCAGUGCUGGAGUACAGACUACCACAGUGGAAUGAAGACAGCCGAUAUUGGAGCAGUGACAGAUGGAAGUCCUUGUGGCAAAGAUAAGAUGUGCAUCAACAGAAAAUGCGUGAGCGUGUCUCUCUUGAAAUAUGAUUGUAACUUCACCAAGUGCCAUAAUCGGGGAGUGUGCAACAGCCACAAACAUUGUCAUUGUGAUUAUGGCUGGGGUCCUCCAGACUGCCUGAGGAAAGGCCAUGGUGGUAGCAUUGAUAGUGGACCUCCUCGACCACUCAAACGCUUAAGCACAAUUGCAAAAGCUGGAAUUAUUGGAGGGAUUAUAUAUGUCCUUUCCUCUGCUUUUGUUUUGGUUAGUGUAGGGAUAUAUUUCAGAUACGGAUUUAUUCGCUUAUUUAGAAGGCUUAGGAGAAGAACUGAGUCAUGA